UGUGGACCGGUCAGCACACCGACCGGGACAACGUGUCCUCACUGGGGCGUUGGGGGACCGGGCCUCUGCUGUGCUGCCGGUUUCACCGGCUGUGAUGUCACACUGGUGUGUGUCAGUGUGUGUAUGUGUGUGCUUCUUCUGGACUCGGCUGAAGAAGAAGAUGGCGGCCGUCUCAGGAGUUAAAGUUCCACGCAAUUUCCGCUUGUUGGAGGAGCUUGAAGAGGGACAAAAGGGCGAUGGAGACGGCACAGUCAGCUGGGGCCUGGAGGACGAUGAGGACAUGACUCUCACACGGUGGACAGGCAUGAUCAUCGGACCAGCAAGAACCAGUUAUGAGAACAGGAUAUACAGUCUGAGAGUCGAGUGUGGACAAAAAUACCCAGAGUCAGCCCCGACUGUUAGAUUUGUAACAAAAAUUAGCAUGAACGGGAUAAAUAAUUCCAACGGGUCGGUGGAUUCACGUAGCAUACCAGUAUUAGCAAAAUGGCAGAAUUCUUAUAGCAUUAAAAUUAUUCUUCAAGAGUUAAGGCGUCUAAUGAUGUCCAAAGAAAAUAUAAAGCUUCCACAACCACCAGAAGGCCAAAGCUACAGCACUUAAUCGUAUGGAUUGUGUCGACCCUCUGUCUUAAACCUUACUCUCUUAGAAAUAUUGUGUAAAAUCAUCGAGAGGCGCACUUCGCACAUCUACAAUAUCGUCUGCAAGAGCAAGAUUGGACUUUGUAAUUACGUAGCUCAUUCAUUGAUAAUGUCCCUGCAGUUGAGCACUGAAAAAUGGUCAAAAAGACUUUAAGACCACAGUUAUCUGCCUUUAAUAAAGUUUCUUUGACAACGACGUCUAUGUUCCACCUGUUCCGGCUUGAGUGGGCUUGAAGAAGGAAGCCUGGCGCCACGCAGAGGCUGUCCCAAGUUUUAUGUUCAAACAACUGAUCACUGAAGUAAAAUGGCAAGAUGUGUGUACGAUGGCAUGUUCUGUAAUUAAUAACCUAGUCGAAGAGAAGCCACUUUUUUUUUUUUUUUUUGGAGAUGUUAGUCAAAUUUAGCAGGUUCAUUGAAAUAUCAUUACAAGAUGACAGAAUCAUUGAACUGUGGCUGUAGUCUAAAAAGUAGUGUCACAAGGUAAGAACGUUUUUUUUUUUAAAUAAAUAUAUAAAUAUAUA